AUGCAGAGCCUAGUUUCUGUGGAUUUGUCUGCUUCCUUUCAGAAUAUGUCCAGUUUAUGUCGAGUAUAUGUCCAGUAUAUGUGCAGAAUAUGUCGAGUAUAUGUCCAGUAUAUGUGCAGAAUAUGUCAAGUUUAUGUCGAGUAUGUGUCCAGUAUAUGUCCAGUAUAUGUCCAGUAUAUGUCCAGUAUAUGUCCAGAAUAUGUCGAGUAUAUGUCCAGAAUAUGUCCAGUAUAUCCAAAAUGUGUCCAGUUUAUGUCCAGUAUAUGUCCAGUAUACGUCCAGUAUAUGUCCAGUAUAUGUCCAGUAUAUGUCCAGUAUAUGUCCAGAAUGUGUCCGGUAUAUGUCCAGUAUGUGUCCAGUAUAUGUCCAGUAUAUUUCCAGAAUAUGUCCAGAAUAUGUCCAGUAUAUGUCCAGUAUAUGUCCAGUAUAUAUCCAGAAUGUGUCCAGUAUAUGUCCAGUAUAUGUCCAGAAUAUGUCCAGUAUAUGUCCAGUAUAUGUCCAGUAUAUGUCCAGUAUAUGUCCAGAAUAUGUCCAGUAUAUGUCCAGAAUAUGUCCAGUAUAUGUCCAGUAUAUGAACAGUAUAUGUUCAUCUUCCAUCUCUCUUCAGUGUUGACAACUGACCUGUUUCCAUGCCUUUACGUGUAUUGGGCAUGUAGGGCUAGACUUAUAUUUGAGAGAUCAAACGGCAUUUGA